CAGAACAACUGGCAUUAGCAGAGAAGGAGACUGCUUGUGUGUGUGUGUGUGUGUGAAGAGGAAAAGCAACUAGACUGUGCACAGCCCCUCUUCAGCUAAACAUCUGGAAAGUAAAAUCACAGCAGAGCUUCAAUGUAAGAGGCACCAGUGGAGAGAAGAGGGUGUGUGUGCCUGCUUCAGAGAACACCAGAGCACCAGCAUUUGUUAACCUGGGAGCAACACGUUUGGAUGCAAGUUGAAGAAUGGCUUCUGGGUUUCAGUGGCAAUGUUUUUGCCUGUUAAUAUCACUUUGGACAUAUAUCUGCCAUUGCAGUGCAGCCUUUGAAGGCAGUGCUUUGGAAUCUGAAGGCAGCACUUCAUCAAAUCCCAGCAGACUAGAGUCCAGAGUAAUAGACAUACAGCAUGCCUCCAUUCCUGCAAGACUGGUGCCCAUCUCACAGAGGUGUCAGGUGGGAUUCUACUACUCAGUUUCUGGAGAGUGCCUACCUUGUAAAUGCAAUGGAAACUCGCAGAAGUGCUUGGAUGGUUCUGGAACUUGUGUGGACUGCCAACGAAACACUACAGGUGAACGCUGUGAUAAAUGCCCACCUGGAUACAUGGAAGAUUUGAUUCACGGCGUUUUGAGAAACUGCCUCGCUUGUCCAUGCCCACUGCCAACCAGCUCCAACAAUUUUGCUCUUUCUUGUGGAAUGAAGCGUGGCUCAAUGCGUUGCCUUUGCAGGGAAAACUAUGCUGGUCCCAAAUGUGAAAGAUGUGCCCCAGGCUACUAUGGAAACCCUUUAUUGAAAGGAAGCACUUGUAAAAAAUGUGACUGUAGUGGGAAUUCAGAUCCUAAUCUGAUAUUUGAGGAUUGCAAUGAGCUGACUGGACAAUGUAAUAAUUGUAUGCGCAAUACCUCUGGAUUUAACUGUGAACGGUGUGCAAACGGCUAUUAUGGAGAUGCCAGAAUAGCAAAAAACUGCACAGAGUGUCAGUGUUCAAAGUGUGGUACCACAUUCUGCCAUGAUGUUACCGGACAAUGUCACUGCAAACCAGGUGUCAUAGGAGCUAGUUGUGAUCGCUGUCAGGCUGGAUACUAUGGAUAUGACAGUUGCUUGGGCUGUCAGAAGUGUGAGUGCAGCGUUGCGGCUCUGGAUAACUAUUGUGAUCCUGUAACUCAACAGUGUAAAUGCAGAGAUGGUACAGGAGGUCUGAGAUGUGAGAGGUGCAGGCCUGGGUACUGGAAUUACAGUCCAUCUGGCUGUCAGAAAUGUAACUGUGGAGGAGGGCCAUGUAACAAUAAAACUGGAGAGUGUUUAUUAGAAGAUCCUGAUUCACCAAUUAGUUCAGACUGUUCAUUCGAUUGUGAUAAAUGUAUCUGGGACCUGAUUGAUGACCUCCGACGAACAUCAUUGUUAGUCAAUGGAACAAGGGCAACUAUACUGAGCAUAUCAACUGGUGCUGCCGCCCAAAAAUACCUCACCAAAAUUAAUUCUACUAUUUUCCACCUUAAGGGGAGUUUGGCAGACAAAGAAAGCGAGUCCAUACGUACAAACCUCCAGAUUGACAGUGUUGAAACUGAAGCUGACAUUCUUCAGGCAGAAGUGAAUGAAUUAGCAACGAAGGGAAAUCUAGCAGAGAUCAAAGGCUCUGAGAUACACAAGGAAACCAUGGACACAAGCAAGCGAGCUCAUCUUAUUGCACAACAAGCUAAUGAUAUAAAGGAUGGCAUACAAGAGGUGCUUGAUAAGAUGAUAUACUAUGAAUCCCUUCAAGGGGAAGUGAGUGUCACAGAUCGUGCCAAAAACCUGCGUAAAGCAGAGCAGAUGCUAGAGGACAUUGCAAUUAUUAACUUCAGCCGACACCACACUCUGGUUCAAGAGGAGACAGAUAAAGCCAACGAUUUAUUAAGUGAAGUUCUGGAAGACUGGCAGCAAGUACAAAACAAUACACUGGCUCUGUUUCCUGACAUACUGGAGCCUAUUGCAAGAUAUAACGAAAAGAUUCAAGAUCUCCAAGAAGCACUGGACAAAGCUCGGGAGCAUGUUGGAAAAACAACAGACGCUAACACAGAAAAUAUCGCUAGGCUCCAAACAUAUGCUGUUCAGUUACAGAAUGUGAAUGAAGCUGCAGAAUCUACUAAUUCCACACUAAGAGAGGGUAGAAUGAUCUUGGAUGAUUCAUACAUAACUAUUGCAGAUAUUCAGGAUAUGAUUAAGAACAUGUCUGGACACCAUGCAGAAAUAGAUGGUGCGAACAAAGGGCUCCAAGAGAAACUUGCAAAUUUAAGUAAGGAUGUUUCCGAUAUUGUUCAGCAGGCAGUCAACCAUGCACUUCAACUUCAAAGGGAAGCAGAUGGACUUACAAGCAAUUUAAACGAUGUUGACACAAACGGUCUAGUUCAAAAAGCCAUUAAUGCCUCCAAUGUGUAUGAAAGGAUUGUAAAUUUUGUUGAAGAUGCCAAUGAGACAGCGGCAAUGGCUCUGAAUAUUGCUGAAAGAGUUAAUGAUGCCGUGGAUGGAAUUGACAACCAGAUAAAUUACCAUAAAGUUGGGAGUGAUCGACUCCUCUCACAAGCAAAGGAGUUGCAACUAUCUUCUAAAAUGAGCAGUGAAUUAGGUGUAACCGAGACCAAGCAGCGUGUUGAUGCUGCCAUGUACAGGAAAAAUGCUUUAAAUGAAAAAUUGGCCAAUGCUAUUAAUCAGCUUGAAAAGGCAGAAGAUGAUGCCACCAGAAAGAGGUUAGAAAUGUCUAAACUAAUGGCAGAAGAAGCUUUGAACAUCACUGAUAUGGUGUCUAAAGUGACUGGUCCAAUGUCACAAUAUGCACAUAUUUGGGCACAAAAUCUUAACACUUCGGACUAUGAUACUUCUGCAUACAACACAGUUGUAAACUCAGCAGGAGAAGCUGUGAAGAACCUAACACAAGUGGUCCCCUUGUUGCUGAAUAAGCUGCGCACUGUGGAAUACAAAUGGCCUUCAAACAACAUUUCAUCUAGUAUAAGUCGCAUCCGGGAGCUGAUUGCACAGACAAGAAGUGUGGCCAGUAAGGUCCAAGUGUCUAUGAAGUUCGCAGGGAAUUCAGCUGUGGAUGUGAAUCUGAAAACAGAUAUGGCUGAUCUCAAGGCAUAUUCAUCAAUAAGCUUGUACAUUAACCCAGCUGCACACCAGAACCAGCCACAAGACAGAUUUAUCAUGUAUUUAGGAAAUAAAAACGGCAAAUCCGACUACAUGGGACUUGCAAUUAAAAGCAACAAUCUGGUAUACAUAUACAACCUGGGUAGUGGAGAUGUUGAGAUUCCCCUGGACUCCAAGCCUGUCAGCACCUGGCCAAGUUAUUUUAGUCUAAUCAAGCUUGAAAGGCUUGGACGGCACGGCAAGGUGCUUUUAACUGUCCCUAGCCCAAGUAGCACAGCAGAGGAAAAAUUCAUUAAGAAGGGUGAAGCUCCAGGAAGCGAUUCUCUGUUGGACCUAGACCCUGCCAACACCGUGCUACUAGUUGGAGGAGUGCCUGCGGAUUUUAAUCUCCCUGCCAGUUUAAACCUACCAGGCUUUGUUGGCUGUCUGGAGCUGGCGUCUCUGAACAACGAUGUGAUUAGUUUAUACAAUUUUCACAACAUCUACAACAUAAACACGGUAACAGCACCACCCUGUGUCAGGAAUAAGCUGGCCUUCACCCAAAGUCGUGCAGCAAGCUAUUUCUUUGAUGGCACUGGCUAUGCUCUUGUGCGGAACAUAGAAAGGAGGGGUCGGUUCACCCAAGUCACACGCUUUGAUAUUGAAGUUAGAACACCAGCUGAUAAUGCCCUUAUCUUCCUGAUGGUGAAUGGAACCAAGUUCUUCAGUCUGGAGAUUCAGGAUGGCUUCCUAAAACUGCUGUAUGACUUUGGAUUCAAUCAGGGGCCUAUUGUUCUGGAGGAUUCUAUGAAGAAAUUCCAAAUUAACGAUGCAAAAUACCAUGAGAUUUCUGUUAUUUAUCACAAUUCCAAGAAGAUGAUCUUACUCGUUGACAGAAGACAUGUGAAAAGUGUGGACAAUGACAGGACAUCAAUUCCUUUCUCUGACAUAUAUAUUGGAGGGGCUCCAUCACAGAUUCUGCGAAAUAUGAGGAGUCAUCUGGCUGCUGACAUUUCCUACAAGGGAUGCAUGAAAGGUUUCCAGUUUCAGAAAAAGGAUUUCAAUCUGCUGGAGGAGCCAGAAACUAUUGGCAUUAGUUACGGCUGCCCUGAAGAAUCACUGAUGUCCCGGAAAGCUUAUUUUAAUGGACAGAGCUUCAUUGCUUCCAGUCAUAAGUUGGCUCCCUUUGAUGCUUUUGAAGGUGGUUUUAGUUUCAAGACAUUACAGCCCAGUGGCCUGCUGCUCUAUCACUUGGAUGGGAAUGAUGUGUUUUCUGUGUCCAUGGAUAAAGGCUCGGUGGUCUUACAAAUAAAAGACAUCAAAGUUAAAUCCAAAAAUAAACAAUACAAUGAUGGACAAAGUCAUUUUCUUGUUGCAACGAUCUCACCAACAAGGUAUCAACUGAUGGUGGAUGAGAAUGAUGCAAGCUUUCAAGAAAGGGAAAAAACAGAUGCCAAGUCUCCCAUGGCAAGAAAAUUCUAUUUUGGUGGUUCCCCUCCUGAUAUGUCACAGGCCAACUUAACAGGGUGUAUCAGUAAUGCAUAUUUUGCCAGAGUUGACAGAGAUGUAGAAGUGGAAGAUUUCCAGAAAUACACAGAGAAAAUCCAAGCAUCUCUUCAUGGCUGUCCUGUUGAGUCCCCACCUAUGGCCUUGUUUCACAAAAGAGGAGGCAAAAAUUCCUCCAAAGCCAAGGAAAGACAAAAAAAGAGACAAAGAAAAGACAAAACAGUGCUACCGAUGCCCAUAUUUGACUCCAAGGCAUUGAAAGAAGAACAUAAUGUGGAGGAAAAUGCUCAGUGCUCUCUGUCUAGAAGACCAACUUCAGUUAUGGGAGCUUAUCAUUUUGGCGGGAUAGCAAAUAGCCGCCAGGAAUUCAACCAGAUUCCUAAAGGGUUCUACCAAAAGUCAGAAUUGUCUCUUGGUUUAAAAACAUAUUCAUCCCACGGAAUGAUUUUCUAUAUAUCUGAUAAAGAAGAGAAUGACUUUAUGAGUUUGUUUCUCUCUGAUGGCCAUCUUGUGUACAUGUUCAACAAUGGGCAGCAAAAGCUAAGAAUCACAAGCCAGGAAAAAUAUGACAAUGGCAUGUGGCACAAUAUUAUAUGCACCCGUGAAAAUAACAAGGGUAGACUAAUAAUUAAUGGCAUUCGAGUAUUACAAGACAGUGGUUUUGCAACUGAUGCACAGUGGAAAGUAGAGGCCCCUCUUUACGUAGGAGGAGUGGCACCUGGAAAAGCAAUAAAGAAUAUACAGAUCAACUCUGUGUACAGUUUCAAUGGCUGCCUGAGCAACUUGCGUCUGAAUGGACACACUGUAACCUCCCCGUCUCAAUCAUUCAGUGUGACUCCUUGUUUUGAAGGUCCCAUGGAAUCCGGAACCUACAUUUCAUCGGAAGGAGGUUACAUCAUUCUUGAUGAGUCUUUCAACACAGGGGUGAAGUUUGACCUAGUAUUUGAAGUGCGUCCCAGAAGCAGCUCUGGAGUUCUGAUUCACAUCCAAAAUGGCAAUGGAGAUUAUCUAAAUGUGCAUAUGAAGCAAGGACAGGUCUUUGUGAAGGUGAAAAAUUCAGAUUAUGAGUUCUCUACCAAUGUCAUACCUAAACAGGGUCUGUGUGAUGGACAAUGGCAUCGGAUUUCUGUGAUAAGAGAUUCCAAUGUUGUGCAGCUGGGUGUAGAUUCUGAGAUAAACCAUGUGGUGGGUCCUCUUAACAGCAAAGGCCUUGACCUAAAAGAACCUGUGUUUGUUGGAGGUGUGCCAGAUUCUUUACUUCCUCCAAGCCUGACUCUGCGCAACUCCUUUACUGGAUGCCUGCGCAAUUUCGUCAUAGACCGCCGGCCUGUAAGAUUCAGCAAAGCAUCCCUCGUCAGUGGGGCAGUCAGCAUCAAUACCUGCCCUGCAGCGUAAAUGUCCACAGUGUACUGCACAAUCUUACAAUAAAUAUAAAAUGUACUUAA